AUGACCGGGACUAAAUUGUUUUUCGAUCCUGGUCCCGGUCCCAGUAAAAUUCUAUUUUUUGGUCCCAGUCCCGGUCCCGGUCCCGUAAAGAAUAUUGUUGAAAGUUUCACUACAACAGCUUACCAUUUCACAGUUGAAGAAGAAAAUGAUGAAUUUAAAUGGAAUGAUUCAAUUAGUACUUUGUACAAUAAUACAAAUGGAACAGAUAGUUCCAUUGUCACAAAUUAUGAUCCAUAUUUACACGGUGAAUAUUUACAAGAUGUAAAUAAUAGUACAUUUUUUACGUCAAAAACAAUUGUUCAAGAAGAAGAAUUAACAUCCAGCAAUAGUUCAAAUUAUUUGAAUAGGGAUAACCGUAAAACAUUUGAAAGUUUUACAAUUCAAACUGAAGAUCAUAUGAACAAUUGGUACAAUUAA